AUGCAUUCCAUCAGUAUGCAGCGCAGCCUCGCGAGGACGGCCAUGCGCCGGCGGUGUCGGAUGAGUGGUGAUGGCCUCAGAUGGACCGAAGGCGCAUGCAGACGCCAUGCCUCCUCACAACCACCACCGCCCCGUCAGAAAGCGGCAGCAAAACCGCUCCCCUUCAAGCCCACCAAGCCCGCGCCUGCCGUGCCCCAGCAGCAACCCCAAGCCAAAGCCGGCACAUCAGGGGCCAACAGCAGCAACAAGAGCAAAAAGCAGCCCGUCGCCGAGCUCGUGCGCGGCUCCCGCUGGAUCGGCCUGCUCGGCUUCGGCGGCGCGACCCUCUGCCUGGGCGCCUUCAGCGCGAGCCUGGCCAUGCACUGGCGGGAGGAGCCCGCCCCGUGCCACCCGCUGGGCUGCGAGCCCGAGGCGCCGACGGGACGGCCGGCGAUCGAGAGCCCCUACGAGUUCGACCUGCACCUCGACAAGUCGGAGUGGCGGCUCGGCGUCACGAAGCUGCGGCGGCGUGUCGCGAGCGAGGCGAGGGGUCACGUGCUCGAGGUCGCCGUCGGCACGGGGCGCAAUCUGGAAUUCUACGACUGGGGAGUCGUAACGGAGUCUUUGAUGUCCGCCGAGGAGCGGGAGGAGAGGAAGAAGAAGAGAACGAGCUUGCUGACGACGAAGAAGGGUCUCGAAGAGGAGAGGCAGAACGCCGUGCUCAGCUACACGGGCCUCGACAUCUCGCCGUCUAUGCUGGAUAUUGCGCUCACGCGGAUGCGCCAGGUGGUGCCGCACCUCGCGGACCGCAUCCCCAAGAAGCCGUCUUUCGCCGCACUCGCGUCCUCCCCUGAAGCAGCAGCAACAUCAUCAGACAAAAACCCCGUAUUCUCCCUCGUCGACAACAAGAUCCGCAUCCUCCAAUCCGACGCGCAGACCGCCCUACCCGCUCCCCCAUCCCCCACUACAACCACCACAACCGCCACCACCACCCCCAAAAAAUACGACACAAUCCUCCAAACCUUCGGCCUCUGCAGCGUCCACGACCCAGUGACCCUACUAACGCACAUGGCGUCAUCCCUCCAGCCCACCACAGGCCGCAUAAUCCUGCUCGAGCACGGCCGCAGCGACUGGGAGUUCCUCCUGCCGCUCGUCAACGGGCUGCUGGACCGCAGCGCGCGGGGGCACUUCGCGCGCUUCGGGUGCUGGUGGAACCGCGACAUCGAGGCCAUCGUGCGCGAGGCCGCGGCGCGACACCCCGGGCUCGAGGUCAUGCGCGUCGAGCGGCCCGGGUGGGCGACGGCCGGCACGCAUGUGCUGGUCGAGAUGCGGGUAAGGGAGUUGAGCGCGGCUGAGAGGGCCAAGGUCGCGGCGGAGGCGGAGACGGGGGCGCAGGGCAAGGCGGAUGGAGGAAGGGGGUGGUGGGCUUCGAUCUGGUCGCCGUCGGCCGAGACGGGGACGGGGACGAAACUGGAUGAGCCUAAGAAGGACUGA